AUGUUAGCUUUGUCAAUGAAGGAUCCUGUCUUGAUCAAUGAGGCAAAUACUACAAUUUCAACUUCUUUGCAAAUACAGAAGGAAAAAGAAGCAGAAGCUGAUCUUCAGCUUUUGUUUGGAAAACUUAUGUCGGAGUGGGAAUCCAGAUUGCUGCAAAUUCGUUCAAUGCUCGAUGAUGAAGAACAGAAGCAACUGACAAAUCAGGCUAUGGAAAUCUGGUUCGACAAGCUCAGGGACUUGGCUUGUGACGUGGAGGACAUAGUGGACGAAUUUGAAACAGAAGUCUUGACAAGCAAGUUAAAAAGUGCAGAAUCUCAAGCCAGCACAAGCACAGUGCAACCAAGUGCUGCUAUGCCUAAUGGACCCAAGCUACAGGGGAUUGCUGCCAGAUGGGAAGAUAUCGUGAAAGAGAGAAGUGAUCUUGACAUAAAUGUUAUACGGAGGUCCAACAAAGCAAACCCAAGAGUGCAGACAACAUCACUGGUCAAGGAACCUAAGGUGUACGGGAGGGAAAAGGCCAAAGAGGAUUUAGUUCAAUUAUUGAUGAAAGACGAACCAAUCAACUCUCGGUAUUCUGUGAUUUGUAGCUACUGUACUGUUGUGAACUUAGUCAUGUUGGCAUUUAUUUUUAUGAAUGCAGAUCUUGCCGCGGUGAAUCGAAAGGUAUACGUAUGA